AUGGAUCAACCCGGUGAUCAUGUGUCGCCAGCGACGCCGCCUACCGCUCUGGAUGCCCAACAGGCCAACAUUUCGACCUCGGCGGAUCUUCAGCCACCUAUGAAUGCCUGGAUGCCACAACCAGGCCUAAACUUGCAGGAAAACACGUCUAGUGUUCCAUCACAAACUCCCUGCUGCUCUGGAGAGCAGGAGCAUCCUGCUACUACCGGCUGGGAUCACUCUUAUACGCCAAGAUCGACCUUGCCUGGCAAAUCUGGUCUCGUGUAUCCCGGGCAAUUACCGCAAACACUAGUCAAAGACGGGAGCUGGGGCCAAAAAUCCUAUGAUCAGUUCGAAUUUUAUCCGUUUGACCCCGAUGCCCCCAUCGGCCAAGCUUACACCACCGACGAAAGCGUUCCCAUUAUUGACCUACGAUUCUCGCAACCACGUCAAGAGCUAGCACCUUCAUACUCUGAUCCCACAGCAAAUCGCCGCUCCGACUCUUCCAUCGGCGUGUCCAAUUCUGCUGGCUUCUCUGACAUGCCGCCUACCUGCAGCAGCGACGACGUCUCGACUACGCUCUCGGAAGCGCCCACCUUCUCGGACUACGGCACCCUGUCCAACAGAACGUCUCUCAUGUCGUCGGCGCACUUGUCUCCCGUCGCCUCGCCUCGGCUUACGCCUCAGAACCGGCCAGACCAAGUGCGAGCGCAGAGCCGCGGCCGCGCCUCGCCAUCUCCUCGGCCCAGCAUGCGCUCUGCGCCGUACAACGCAGACGGCAUCCGCAACAACACUAGAUGGUCUACUGGCUCUCACAAUGUCGCGCAAAACCGUCGUCAAUCACCAUUUGGGUAUGGGGCCAUGCCGGAACCGACUAUGCCCUCGCAACGAUACUCGAUGCAGGCGCCGACUUCGUCUUCCAUGGCGCCAGGAAUGCCUCACAACAUGGUUUCGACACCUGGGAGCAAUAUGCCAAUGCAGCCAUCUUAUGUUCCGUCCAUGCCCAUGGGCGGCUAUAGAAACAACAACAACAACAACAGCAACAGCAACAACAUCAUGAUGCCGCCGCAUAUGAGUCAUCCGCUACCGACUUCGCACAGCAUGCAUCACGAUAACAGUCACCACAGCCUACCGCAGCCUCCGACGUUGGCAUCGCACGGCCUCCUCAAGCUGCUACAAAACAACAUUGAAUCGCAAUCCUUUCACGGUCACUACGCAGAUCUCUCGGCGCCGCCAGACUUGUACCCAGCCCUCCACGAAGAGCCAGCGCCGCCACCCCCGGAGGAUAUGAACCCGUCAGACCCGGACCUGGCCCCCUAUGAGCAGGAGCUUCGCUUUGACGGCGACAUGUACACGCCAAAGUGGGUGCGCGGUCACGGCAACAAGCGCGAGGGCUGGUGCGGCAUCUGCAAGCCGGGCCGCUGGCUGGUUCUCAAGAACUCGGCCUACUGGUACGACAAGUCGUUUACGCACGGCAUCAGCGCCGCCACGGGCGCGCCCUUUCAGGAGCCGCUGGACAAGAGACGGAUGGACGGCAACCCGGAUGUUUGGGAAGGUCUGUGUGGCAGUUGCAACAAAUGGAUUGCGCUGGUGAGCAGCAAGAAGAAGGGAACGACGUGGUUCCGUCACGCAUACAAGUGUCACUCUCACGCCAAAAUUAAAGACACUCCUAAGCGGAGGAGAGACCAGGGUCACACCCCACGCAUGCCCGGCCCUCCUCUAUCGUCGAUGGCCCUUGGAGGUUUGCACGAUCAGCAGCAGCGUCCAGGCACGCCGCCGCCAACGCUGCCUCACGGUCUCCCAGCCGCGUCGUACGCGUCCAUGGGCGGCGGCGGCGGUAUCAACACGUCGAUACCGCAGUACAUGCACCCACAGCAGCACCAGCAGCAUCAACAACACCAGCAGCAGCAUCCACACCACCACCACCACCACCAGGCUCUGGGCCCAUUGACACCACCCCAGUCUUUGAGAUCCAGCGUCGGUCGUACGCUGUUAUCAAGCCCCGCUACAAUGUAUGGUAAUGUCAUAUAG